AUGAAUGGGGAUGGAAAAAAUAAUAAAUAUAAAUGGAACAAAGCAUUGGAUAUUGAACAAAUUCAUUCAGGCUCUUAUUUAUUAUAUAAACAUUUAAAUGGAAAUAAAUCAAAUGAAAAUAAAGAAGAUAAUUUUACUUUAAUUAUUUAUGGAAACAUAGGAAAUAGUGAAAAUGAAAUAAAAAUAGAAAUGUUUGUUAAUAUAAUUGAAGCAUCAGAAUUAUUAAAAAUUCACCAUUUCCCUCAAGAAUUGUCUAUAGUUUCUGGAGGAUCUAUUCAAUUAAAUUCUAAUUUAAUUUCUGCCUCUCAUUCAACACUUGAUGAUUCCUCUAUUUAUUUUAAUAUUAUUCAACCCCCUCAAAAUGGAAUUAGAAUUAUUUUAAAGGAGGAUUCCCCAUCUAUAUCUCCUUUUUCUUCCCUUGCUAAUUUCACUCAAAAACAAAUAAAUGAAGGAUCUAUUUGGUUAGAACACACUCCAAUAAAUGAAAAACAAUCUUGGGAUGUUAUUGGCCAUUCUCUUGUAUUAAUUAUCAGAAUUGAGCCUUUAGCUCUUCAAUUACGCAAUUUCACUGAUAUUACUUAUAUUCAAGGAAAAAAUUAUGUUAUUUUAAAUAGAUCCCAUUUGGGUGCAGAAUCGAAUGGAGAUAGAUCUCGAAUUUAUUAUAAUAUUACUAAACCCCCAGAAAAUGGGACUUUUUAUUGGGUAAAUGGAGAAAAGGAAUUAAAUGGAUUCACACAAUUAAAUAUUGACAAUAAUGAAGUUUUGUAUUCACAAAUGAAUAUGAAUUCAUAUCAAGAUUCUUUUGAAUUUAUAUUAAGUAAUGACGAAUUAGAAUUACUUCCUAAGAAAGCAAUUAUUAAAGUUUUGCCUAUAUUUAAACCCCCAACAUUUGUUAUAAAUUCGAGAACAAUAUUGCAACUUGGACUUUCACAUCUUAAUGCUAGUGAACUUGAAGGCUCCUCACCUCGUUAUUUAAUUUUACCUGAUGGAGUACCCAGAGAUGGAAGAUUUUUUGUCCAUCCACAUUCUAAUGAAUCUACUUUAUUUUUUACACACGAUGAUAUAGUUAACGGAAGAUUAUAUUUUCAUGCCUUUGAUGUUAAAUAUAGAACUGUUAAUAAUGUUGUUCUUGAACUUAGAUCGGACAGAGUCCAGCCAGCAUUAAUUCACUGGCCAAUAAUUAUACGUCCAUCAGAUAAUAUAGAUACAGUGAAUGAAAUCCAAUCUGGAAUAGUUGAAGAAGAAAGAGAACAUCAAUAUAAAUCCCAACCAAAACAACAAAAUCAAAAAACUUUCCUAGACAAUCAAAUAAUUCCCCCUCCCCCACCUGACAUGAAUUACCAUUUUCCUAUAGCUAUUCUUAUUGCUGUAGUUCUUCUAGUUGUUGGUAUUUUAUUAUGUAGAAAGAAAACCCCUCCAGAAGAUAUAGCUAGUAGCGAAGAAGGGGAUGAUACUACUCGUUAUCAACAACAAAAAUCAAAUGGAACUGAUAGUUUUAGGGAAAGAAAUGGAAGUUCUAAACAUAAAAAAUCUGCCCCAGAAAAUGGAAUUAAUCAAAAUUUGGACUCUUCUAAAAAUCAACAAAAAUUAAGUGUUCCCUCUUCUUGUUUAGUUACAGAAAAUGAAAUAAGGCCAAAAAAUAUUUUAGAAUCAACUGUUUAUGCUGCUAUAAAUAAUAAACAACACAAGGAUUCUAUUGUUAGGUAA